ACGCUUCUCUCCAUUCACAGCAUCCCUGAAAAUAAACGCAGCGUUUCCGUUUGAAUUUAAUUUAAAAUGUCGACAUUUUGCCGCAGCGCUAACCGAGUGUAACCGCCACUGGCAGCGCUAUAAACGGAGGACGGAGGAGGGUGAUGGAGGCUGCAGGGUUCGGUUCGUCGUGUCUGCGGAGAGUCGAGUGAUAGCGGCACCAUGAUCCCCGUGUCCCUGCUGGUGUUUGUGAUGGCAGGCUGGUGUGCCGUGUACCUGGCCGACACACUGCUCAGGUCGUCUGUGACGCACCGGAUCAGCUACGAGUCGUGGCUCGCCAGCCGAGGCCUGAUGCUGUCUCCCUUCCACCUCAGAUGGCAGACCACCAUGUUCAACCGGCUGUUUGCGUACUGCGCCCGCAUCAACCCCCGGGCCCUUUACCUCUGGUUCAACAGCGGUCUGAUGUUUGGCAUCGUGGCCAUGGUGGGCUCAGUGGUGCUGCUGAUCAAGACGCUGCAGCAGACGUUUGCUCAGAUGACCACAGAUAACCCUCGGAUAGGAGGCCAGCAAGCGCUGCAGGUGGUGGUCCCAGGUGUCAAUCUGCCAACCAGUCAGCUGGCCUACUUCUUCAUCGCCCUGCUGCUCAGUGGAAUCAUACACGAGCUGGGCCACGCCGUGGCAGCGUUGAGAGAACAAGUGAGGGUGAACGGUUUCGGGAUGUUUGUGUUCGUGGUGUAUCCCGGUGCGUUCGUGGACCUCUUCACAACGCACCUCAACCUCAUAUCGCCUGCUCAGCAGCUCCGCAUCUUCUGUGCCGGUGUGUGGCACAACUUUGUUCUGUGUGUGGCAGCGCUGGCCUUCCUCUUCUUGCUGCCUCUCUUCCUGUUUCCCAUGUACUCCACCGGAGGAGGAGCGCUGGUCACCGAGGUCGUGCAGGGCUCUGCAGCUGACGGUCCCAGGGGUCUGUCGGUCGGGGACAUCGUCACUGGGCUGGAGGACUGUCCUGUCAGGGGAGUGGAGGACUGGACCAGCUGCCUGUCUCACCUCUCUCACACCCCACAGACCGGAUACUGUGUCCCCGUCGCCAGCCUGCAGCCCAGCUGGGCUCACGGACGAG